AUGUUGACUUUCCGGCUCCUCGUCGUCCUCUGCGUGUCAGGUCUGCUUGAGCUCGCCGCGGCUCAGGUGCCUCCACAAUGUGCUAUGAUAUGUGCAGCUCAGGCUUCGCAGGAGCCACCAUACGUGAACAAGACUCAAUUGGAGCUAUGUGCCGAUAAAGGGUACAGCCAGCUUGUCGGCGGCUGUGUGACGCAGGAGUGUACCGUGAUAGAAGGUCUAUCGUUUAUCAACACCACGAGAACAGCGUGCGGGCUGCCGCGAGUGGAUCACCGCCGCGGCGUCCACGUGAUCACUCUGACCAUGUUUGCACUCGCCACUGUCUUCUUCGCAAUUCGCAUGGCCGUCAAGUACCUGAGAUAUACUCCAUGGGGUGCCGAUGAUACUUGGCUGACGCUCGCAUUUGCCCUCCUCAUCCCGUUCAUUACCGUCAUACAAUGCAUGAUCCCACAAGGACUUGGUCUUGAGAUUUGGGUCCUCCACGACUAUCAAAUAACCACUUUUCUCAGGUACCUCCUUGCCGCCCAAACGCACUAUGUCCUCAUUAUAGCGAUUAUCAAAGCGUCUAUCCUGGCAUUUUUCCUGAGAAUCUUCCCAGAUGAGAUGUUCAAGAAGGUGGUAUGGUGCACGCUCAUCUACGACCUUCUCGUUGGCGUCAUUGUUUUCACCCUCAGUCUGGUACAGAGGCAGCCCACUUGGCUAAUAUGGGAGGGCUGGAAGGACAAGGAUCAGCGCGGCGUCGUCCUCGAACUGAACAACCUGGGCCUGGGCCACGGCGGAAUGAAUAUUGCGCUGGAUUUAUGGAUGCUCGUGCUGCCAUUCACGCAGCUGUACAAGCUUCAACACCCGUGGCACAAGAAGCUUGGCAUCUUCGCCAUGUUUAGCGUCGGUAUAUUCCUGACGAUUGUAUCUGCAAUACGUGUCAAGAGCUUGGUGUCAUUUGCGACAUCUGAAAACGUCACCGACGACGCACGCGAAACCGUGAUCUGGUCCUGCAUCGAGCUCUGCGUGGGCAUCGUGGUGGCCUGCAUGCCGCACGCGCGCCAGCUGUUCCGCGAGGCCACACGGAAGUUCAGGCGCACCCGCCAGCCGCCCAGCUCGGCGGAGAGGACGAGCCGGACGUACUGGAGUCCGCGGCGUGUCCACCGGGACGACUCGGUCGAGUCGGGCACUGCCGUCGACCAUUCCGCCGCCGGCCCGGUACCCCCCGACAAGAGCUGGUACAGCUCGACAACACAAUCAGCUUAUACGACGACGACUUGUACGAGCUCCCGUCAGCACUCGAGCUUCGCCAGUGAUGCGCCAACGCGUGUCGCCUCGCUAGCACAGACCCUGGAUGAGGCUCCAGAUGGCGGAAUAGCAAACUUUCACUAA